CUUCUCCUGUAGGGAGAAACUCAGCUCCCAUUAGCCUCAGUAUUUAUUUCCUCACUCCCCUUUCAUAUAAACUUCAUGGCCCUGACAUGCUUGCCGCUUCUUCACUUGGCAAGGAGAAGAGGGGGAGCUGGUCAUCAUUUUUCAUGCCUUCCUAUCACUCACUCCUCCAUCCAAUCAAUCCAUGACCAAGUCCUGACAUUUCUACCUCCUAAAAAAUCUCUUGAAUUUGUGCAUUUCUGCCCACUCUGACUGCUCCUACCCUUGCCCAUACCACCAUCAUCUCUUACAUGGAUUGCAGCAACACCAUCUUAACUGAUAUUCCUGGAUUUAGAUUUGCUUUCUUCCUAUCCAUUUUUUCACACUACAGCCAGGGAUAUCCUUCUGAGGUUAAAAUUUGAUCAUUUUACUCCAUGAAAAACCCUUCCGUGGUACCUCACGACCUCAGGAUACUGAGUCUCUUCAGAACUUGCUUCUCUCUCUUACCUUCCUUCCUCCCCCCCCAGCCUCAUUCUUGACCUUUCAUUCAGCCAUGCUGAAUUUAUUUCACUUCUUGGAUUAUGCCAAGCUUUCUUUUAAUGAGCCCUGCUGUACUCGACCUUUCUCUACCCAGAAGCCCUUCCCAAUCUGGACAACUCUGCUCAUUUUCCAGGUCUUUACUCAAAUGUCACUUGUGCUAUGAAACAUUCCCUGACAACCUCCCCCUCCCUCAACUACACCUCUGCAAGCUAUUGUGAAGGUCCAGGUACGAGAGGGCAACAGGUGUACAUCUCAUUCAGGCUGAUAGGCUGGGGAAGGUGUAAUGAAAAUACCUGACUGAGAAUGAACAGAGUCGUAACCUCUCUAUGUAAAAGUGGGCACUUACAUCACACUUCUGAGGAUGAAUGAAAAGUACGUAAAACACCUACAAUGCACAGCUCCUUGGAGGAGCUCAGUAUAUGUCAUCUAUUAUCCGUUUGACAAAUGUUCAUGAAGUACCAUUUGAUAGAUACUAUGGUAGAUGCUGAGGCUAGAAAAAUUAAAAUACGAUGUAAACGAUUGAAAGAUAACGUGUAGAAUGAGUGUCCAAAGCAUAAUAGGAUAUACAGCAGGAGCGUUUGGAGGUGCUAGUCAACAUGGCUAAGAUUCAAAGGAUGGACACCAUUUCACGCUGAGACACGCAGGAGUAUUCACAAGGAAGGAUUUUCAGGGAGAGGGGAUAAUGUGCGCAAGAUCAGGGGCAUGAGAGGCCUGGGUCGUUCUGCAUGGGACACGUCACGCCAUACCGCCGCAGCACAGAACUGGAAGGAGGCAAUGAGACAUAAACAGUCAGGAGGUGGGGCGUCUCGCAGGAUCCUACGGAUCUCUGAAGAGUUUUCAGGAGGAGGGUGGCAUGAUCGGAUUUCCGUUUGAGCGAGGUCGGAGUAGGGGGGAGAACAGAAUUCCGGGUCAAAACUGGAGUCGGGUGCCUGGCAGAGGCCCCCCACGCUGACCCUGGCGAGCAGGAUGCAGGAUACUGAUUGAGUGAGUGCUUUAUAUUACAACUCAAUACUCUCCAUAAGGCUGAGAUAUGCCCACUGUGGAGAGUGAAGCCAAAGUAAAAACCAAAGUUCGCUUUGAGGAAUUGCUUAAGACCCACAAUGAUCUAAUACGCGAAAGAAAAAAACUGAAGAAAAAAAUUGGCAAAUCUGGAGAAAAACUCUCACUUGACGCUGUUGGAAGCAGUCCUCAGAAAAUUACAGAAACUAAAAGUGAUGGUUUAAGUGCUACUGACACGUUUGACCCAGAGAAGAGCAUGCGAGUCACUAAAAACAAACUAAGGAAUCCACAGUCAACACCUGAAAAUCCAGAGGAUGUUAGUGUAGAGGAAGACAAGCAAGAAAAGGCAAGUAAAAAGGUUCUAAAAACAGUGCUCCAGGUGACUGCGCCAGAAGUGGAAAUGGAAACUCCUGAGAAGAAGGGGGAUUCUACACCUCAGAAAGCACGAGUGAAGUCACAGCCGGGUGUCACUCAACAGGACAGUGCCAAGGCCAGUGAGGAAGAAGAACUGAUGCAGGUGUACCAGCUCCAGGUGGCUGAAGAAAUGGCGAAGGAGAUUAAGAAGAAAAUAAGGAAGAAACUCAAAGAGCAGCUGACUUACUUUCCCUCAGAUACUUCAUUGCAUGACGACAAGUUGAGCAGUGAAAAAAGAAAAAAGAAAAAAAAGAAAGUCCCAGUCCUGUCUAAAGCUGAAACAAGUACAUUGCCCAUCUCUGAUGACGCAGUUGAAGGUGAACCAAGAAAGGAAUCUCCAGUUGGAGCAGUUACUUCAGAUUCUCAUCAAGACGAUGAAAUAAACUCAGUGGGACAAAAUGUAGAAGACAGCAUGCAAGAUGACACAAAAUCCAAACCAAAAAAAAAGAAAAAGAAGGCUAAAACAGCCCCGCGUGAACGCCAAAAUCUCUGCUGGUUUCUCUGUCCCCCAGUAGGGACCUUCUGCCAGGGGCCACGCCUGGAUUCUCAGCCUCUAGCUGCGCCCAGGAUUGUUUCAGAUGAUAAUGAAGACACUGAUGGUGACGGUGUUCAUGAAAUAACAAGCCGAGAUAGUCCCGUUUAUCCCAAAUGUUUGCUUGAUGAUGACCUUGUCCUGGGAGUUUAUAUUCACCGAACAGAUCGACUUAAGUCAGAUUUUAUGAUUUCUCACCCAAUGGUAAAAAUUCAUGUGGUUGAUGAGAAUACUGGUCACUAUGUCAAGAAAGAUGAUAGUGAACGGCCUGUUUCAUCUUACUAUGAAAAAGAGAAUGUGGAUUAUAUUCUUCCUAUUAUGACCCAGCCAUAUGAUUUUAAACAGUUAAAAUCAAGACUUCCAGAGUGGGAAGAACAAAUUAUAUUUAAUGAAAACUUUCCCUAUUUGCUUCGAGAUUUUGAUGAGAGCCCUAAAGUCAUCUUGUUCUUUGAGAUUCUGGAUUUCUUAAGCAUGGAUGAAAUUAGGAAUAAUUCUGAAUUUCAAAACCAAGAAUGUGGCUUUCGGAAAAUUGCCUGGGCAUUUCUCAAGCUUCUAGGAGCCAAUGGGAAUGUAAACAUCAAUUCAAAACUUCGCCUGCAGCUGUAUUACCCACCUACUAAGCCACGAUCUCAAUCAGAUGUUGUCGAGGUUUUUGAAUGGUGGUCAAAAUGUCCAAGAAAUCGUUAUCCCUCAACGUUGUAUGUAACUGUAAGAGGAUUGAAAGUUCCAGACUGUAUAAAGCCGUCUUACCGGUCUAUGAUGGCACUUCAGGAGGAAAAGGGUAAACCCGUGUACUGUGAACGACACCACGAGCCAAGCUCAGUAGACACCGAACCUGGAUUAGAAGAUUCAAAAGAAGAAGUCAAGUGGAGACGGCUGCCGGGGCAGGCUUGCCGUAUCCCAAACAAGCACCUCUUCUCACUGAAUGCAGGAGAACGAGGAUGUUUCUGUCUUGCCUUCUCCCAUAAUGGAAGGAUAUUAGCAGCAGCCUGUGCCAGCCGGGAUGGAUAUCCGAUUAUUUUAUACGAAAUUCCUUCUGGGCGUUUCAUGAGAGAAUUGUGUGGCCACCUCAAUAUAAUUUAUGAUCUUUGCUGGUCAAAAGAUGACCGCUAUGUCCUUACUGCAUCAUCGGAUGGCACCGCCAGGAUAUGGAAAAAUGAAGUAAACAAUACAAAUACUUUCAGAGUUUUACCUCAUCCUUCUUUUGUUUACACGGCUAAAUUCCAUCCAGCUGUGAAAGAGCUGGUGGUCACGGGAUGCUAUGACUCUGUGAUCCGGGUAUGGAAAGUUGACAUGCGAGAGGAGCCGGCCAUACUGAUCCGACAGUUUGACACUCACAGGAGCUUCAUCAACUCUCUCUGUUUUGACUUUGAAGGCCAUCACAUGUACUCAGGAGACUGCGCGGGCGUCGUUGUCGUGUGGAACACCUACGUCAAGGUUGGCGAUGUACAGCAUUCGGUGCGCCACUGGAGUGUGACUCAGGAAAUUAAAGAGAGUGAGUUUAAGGGGAUUCCAAUAAGUUAUUUGGAGGUUCAUCCCAAUGGAAAACGUUUGUUAAUCCAUACCAAAGACAGUACUUUGAGAAUUAUGGAUCUCCGGAUAUUAGCGGCAAGGAAAUUUGUAGGUGCAGCAAAUUACCGAGAGAAGAUCCAUAGUACUUUGACACCAUGCGGGACGUUUCUCUUUGCCGGAAGUGAGGAUGCUAUAGUCUAUGUUUGGAACCCAGAAACAGGAGAACAAGUAGCGAUGUAUUCUGACCUGCCAUUCAAGUCGCCCAUUCGAGACAUUUCUUAUCAUCCACUUGAAAACAUGGUUGCAUUUUGUGCAUUUGGGCAGAAUGAGCCACUACUUCUGUAUAUUUAUGAUUUUCAUGUUGCCCAGCAAGAGGCUGAAAUGUUCAAACGCUACAAUGGAACGUUUCCAUUACCUGGAAUACACCAAAGUCAAGAUGCCUUAUGCACGUGUCCUAAACUGCCUCAUCAAGGCUCUUUUCAGAUUGAUGACUAUGUCCACACUGAAAACUCUUCAAUGAAGAUGCAGCAAGUGAAACAGAGACUUGAUUCUGUCACAGAGGUGAUACGAGCCUGUGCUGCAAAGGUCAACAAAAAUCUCUCGUUUCCUUCAACGUCAGCCUCCUCACAACAGUCUAAGUUAAAACAGCCCAACGUGCUGGCCGCCCAUCAGAUCCUGCGCCAGUUUGGUUUCCCUGAGACUGGAUGUUUAAUUCCUGCACAUGCAGAUACUGGGAAUGCAAGAUUCAUUCAUACAUUCAGGAUUUUCAGCAUAGAAAGAAAGCCUUGUAACCAUCACGUAGAUACAGCACCAACGGUAGUGGCUCUUUAUGACUACACAGCGAAUCGAUCAGAUGAACUAACCAUCCAUCGCGGAGACAUUAUCCGAGUGUUUUUCAAAGAUAAUGAAGACUGGUGGUAUGGCAGCGUAGGGAAGGGACAGGAAGGGUAUUUUCCAGCUAAUCAUGUGGCUAGUGAAACACUGUAUCAGGAACUGCCUCCAGAGAUAAAGGAGCGAUCCCCUCCUUUAACUCCCACAGAAAAAACCAAAAUGGAAAAACCUUCUUCAGCUCCUCAAAAGUCAGUCAUUAAGGACAAGUCCCAGGAUUUCAGACUGGGCUCAGAGUCUAUGACACAUUCUGAGGCUGGGAAAGAACAGAGCCGCGAGGACCGAGGACACACAGUGGACAUGCCAGUGAAGAGGAAUGAGCAAACUGGCCGCAAAGUCACCCUAAUAGAGGUCUGGCAAACUGAAACAUCCAGUGCCCUUGCGACAGACUGUUCAACUAUGGUGGUUGGAGUUCCUGCAGUCACAUAAGGUGAAGGUAGAUUU